AACAUCAUCAAUGUGCCCGUCUUCUGCGCACAAAGCGAACAAAACUUCCUGUGGUGGCGACGAUUCUUCUCUCGUGUGCUUCAACGGGGAAUGUUCAGGCUCAAUAUGCCUGGCCCACGGUAGAGAACCUUGCUACUGCCCGGGGUCAGACUGGAAGGAUGUUCAGCUCUGUCAGGUGUGCUGCUUGGACGAUGGUGUGUGCAAGUCCUCAUACGUGCUAGAUGACAUACCGGACGCCGCAGCCCUGCCAGGAACGCCGUGUAACAAUCUCCAAGGCUACUGUGACAUAUUCAGGAUAUGCCGAGAGGUUGAUCCGUCCGGCCCACUGAGCAUGCUCAGUCGACUUCUCACCGGAGACGGGUUCUCAAAAGAGUUGGACUACCUGUCAAAGCAUUGGUAUAUCGGCCUAGCUGGUGGACUGGUACUCAUUAUAGUAAUCGUACUUAUGUUCAAAUUCUGCUCAAAAUCCCACAAACUGCUUGAUGACGAUGACGAUAGGCCACCAAAGAGAAGGAUUUUAGCCUUUGCCCACAAUACGCCUCGACAAAUCAGUGCUCUCGGGAAUCGUAACAGAGUAACACCAACCGAUGUGAACAUGGUGGACACGUACAUGUGAUAGUACUCGUUUUGACAAAUUUAUGGAAAUAUAAACAGUUUAUAUAUAAACAAAUUGAGGACCUCCACUUGCACCAGCAGAUCUUCUUUUUAAAUAGUAUAGUGAUAUAACAAUUAACUCACAAAUGGUAUGGUCAAUACAAAUAACAUUUAGGGUUUAAUCAUGUCAAAGAUAAACAUAAUGAUAGUGAUUUAAAUGUACUACAAAUUUCUUGUUAAACAUGAGUCUAAAUUAUGUUAUGAUAUAUAAGGGAAUACGUUUAAAAGAUGUAUGUCAGCUAGAUGGAACAAUUGCCUGUUUAAACGCACUGCUAUGUGGAUGUGGUUUUAGCUUCGCAGCAUUUAGUGUAUUUAUUGCACAAAAUGGUAGCCUUUAUGCCCGUUUUACCAGUGUCCUUUAUUUUGUGUUGAUUGUUUUGGGUGACAAUGCAUAUACUGUUUUAAAUGACUUUACGCAAGGUUGUGAGCUAUUUUUUAAGAAUUUAAAACGAUAACACAACGUGAUCUAAUGGUGAACAUUGACUUCGGGUAAUGGCUUUUGCAUAUUAUAUUUAAAAAGAUGGAAUUAAAGUGGGUGUGUAAUUAACUGCACUUUACUUACAUAGAAGGGGGCACUCUAUACGGACAACGAUGUCUUUGUCGUUACACCUCGUAUUCCAAAGUAUGAUGAGGAAAUACUUUGUUUAUUAAGUAAACGCCCCUGUUUUUUUCGAAUAAUAAAAACGGAUAUCAAUGGAUCUUUUUCUUGAUGGAAUUACUUUGUGCAUAUUCAACUGCAGUGCUUAUUUGUUGUUGUUGUUGUUUUUACAUGGAUUACAUCGUUUUCACGCGAGUGAUUGUGUUCUGGCACUGCAUUAUAUGUAUUCAACUAGCAAAUGUUGUAUUGCGACAUUAAUGACUGCUUAUAGUGACAACACGUAAAUGUGUUUUUGCAAAGUUAAUUUUCAACGAAAAGAUACAGUUCAUUUUUUCACUGAAUAUGUUAGU